AUGUCUGAUCAAGGAACCACCGUGGCCGCCUCCUCGGCCCCCCCUGCUCCUCCCUCCGGACCCCCUCCCAAAGUGACCAACCGAGGCCGCUCGACCGAUCCCAUCGACAGCUCCAACUUUGACUCGACGGAGGUACCGGAGUUUGAGCCCUUUGGAUUGCCCGGGCCGAGAGGAUUUCCACCCCUGACUGGUGAGAAAUUACAAAGAUUUUUAAGCUUGAAAGCUUUUAAUGAUUUCUAGUUGAUUUAAGUCAAUAUUUUAAUUUUCUUUCCAGAGUUUCUCCAACUUAAAGUCUUUCAAGUUGACUGUAAUACUAAAAAUAAGUCAUGAGUAGUGAAGAAGUGGGACGUAGCAACAUGUCUCUGCUGUUGGUCCCUCUUCUGGACAAAUUACUACGUCACACACCAAAACAAUCAACAAACAAGUUAGCAAGAGGCUAACUGGUUGUACGUUAAAAGGCGAAAACUGACUAUUUACUAUCACGAACUGUUCAUACAGACCAGCAAAAAGUGGCUCGUGCCCAAGUCCAAGUCAGGUCUCAAUAGUUGAUGGUAAGAAAAGUCUUAUCCAUCUACGUUCGUUUGUUCGUUUGUUGGAGCAGCAGCUUCAGGAGGGAUGCCCGGCCACUUCCACCAGCUCCUCCGGAAGGAUUCCCAUGUGCUCCAUGGCCAGGCGAGAGAUAUAAUCCCUCCACCUGGUCCUGGGCCGGCCACAAGGUCUACUCGUGUCCGACAUGUCUGGAACACCUCUAAUGGGAGGCGUCCAGAAGGCAUUCCAACCAGAUGUCCGAGCCACCUCAGCUGACUCCUCUUGACGUGGAGGAGCAGCGGCUCUACUCUGAGUGCCUCACGAGUGUCUGAGCUCCUUACCCUAUCUCUAAGGCUGUGGAGUAAACCCGUUUCGGCCGCUUGUAUCCGCGAUUUUGUUCUUUCGGUCAUUACCCAAAGUUCAUGACCAUUUGUGAGGGUUGGCAUGUAGAUCGACCAGUAAAUUGAGAGUCUCGCCUUACGGCUCAGCUCUUUCCUCACCACGACAGAUCAGUUAAGCGUCUGUAUCACUGCUGACGCGGCUCCGAUCCGCCUGUCGAUCUCCCACUCCAUCCUACCCUCAAGAUCCCAAGAUACUUGAACUCCUUCACUUGAGGCAAGACCUCCCCUCCGACCCGAAGGAGGCAAUCUACCCUUUUCCGACUUUUCCAUCUGUAUUUAUAAUAAAAACUGUAACAGCAAACAAUGUCUUGACAAAGUUUCCUUCUCUUCAUGGCUCAGGUGUUACAUUUUGUGCCAUGCUAAUAAUCCUUAGAUUACUGAUACUCUGCACUCUCCUGGCGUUCAUUUUUUCUGUGUAUUUUCAGAAUUUCUCGACAUCUUCAGUGUGGACAUGAUAAAGAGGCAGGAUGAGAUCAACAAGCAGCAACACCACACCGACUUUUUUAACUCCGCCGAUCUCGUCGUCCGUCGAGGACAAGAGUUCCAGGUCAAGAUCACCUUCAAUCGUCCGUACAAUCCUGCCAAGGACAAGUUCGCCGUUGAGUUCGUCAUUGGUGAGUUGAGGCGACUUUUUAUUAUAUUAUUAUUAUUAUUAUUUAUUCUGGAUCACAUGGUCGUGAAUUAGUCCAUCAUCCCUGUUCAUCCAGGCACCAGCCCUCAUUUCAGCAAGGGUACCUACAUCCCCGUUUUCCCCAACAAGGAGCGCGAGACCACCUGGGACGGCCGUAUUGUAAACAACUCCGGCAACGUUGUCACCAUUGGCGUAACUCCUGCAGCAAACUGCAUUGUGGGAAAGUACCACAUGUACGUGGCUGUGAUGACGCCUUUCGGCAUCCGCAGGACCAGAAAGGAUGAUUCCAGGAACCUCUACAUCCUCUUCAAUCCCUGGGCGAAAGGUCAGGACCACGAAGUUUGCUCAUGCUUGAACAUGUUGUGUUUCCACGACCACAUCCAUGAGAGGGUUUUUCUCUCCCCAGAUGAUGCCGUGUUUCUGGAUGACGAGACAGAGAGGCAGGAGUGUGUGUUGAACGAGAUGGGGAUCAUUUACCACGGUGCGUUUGACGACAUCGCAGAGAGAACCUGGAACUACGGACAGGUAGGAAAAAAAGGAGACUAAAGGUUUAUACAUCUCUGAGGUAAAUCUCUUUAACCUGAUUUUCUUCCCUAGUUUAACUACGGAGUCCUGGAUGCCUGUUUGUACAUCAUGGACCGGGCUCAGAUGCCCAUCACGAACAGAGGAGACCCCGUCAAGGUGACCAGGAAGGCCUCUGCUAUGGUGAGGGAACACUCAAAGUCUCUUUUUAAGGAUGUCAAAGCUUUGUAGUCGAUCAACAGAAAGGCCUCAUAUCAUACAUGUCUGGAAUUUGCUCCUCAGCUGAAUUCCCGUGAUGACGACGGUGUUCUGGUGGGGAACUGGAGUGGCGACUACACCUACGGAGUGGCGCCCACCUCUUGGACUGGCAGCACAGACAUCCUGAUCAGCUACUUACGGAGCAAGAUGCCCGUCUGCUACGCUCAGUGCUGGGUCUACGCUGCUGUUUUCAACUCCUGUGAGACUUUCAAGAAGAAGUAGACAGAAAUAAAUGUUUGUCAUCGCUUUGAAGUUAGGCGCUGUUCUGAGCAUUGUUUGUGGCUACAGAGUGGCGUUUGGUUGAGGUUUGUUUAUGGCUCCUCAGACCGCUGUGUAUUGCUAUCGUGCGGUCGUUACUAAAGUUGGUACAACUACAGAAGCAAGUGGUCGGCAACAUUCAUCUCUCAAGGGGGUGUCUAACUUGGUGUUACGGUGUGUUUGACCUUAAAUCAACUUUACGCCGGAAUAUCCCUUUAACAGUCUGUUUCUCUACUUCUGUGUUGGACCAGUCCUCCGCUGUCUGGGCAUCCCAGCCCGUGUCGUCACCAACUACUAUUCUGCUCAUGACAACGAUGGUAACCUGAAGACUGACAUCAUCCUGGAAGAGAGCGGCAGGAUCGACCGCAACCGCACCAGGGACUCCAUCUGGUACCUUACAUGUAGCUUAGCAUCCGUCACAUUCACAGGACGGCCAUCUUGUAACGUGUUCCAGUGAACAAGCAAAACAACCGCAGGAAAAACUUAAAAUCCUUUAAAAUAUUUUAUAUAUUUCUUCUCCAAGGAUGAACCUUUUGAAUUUUUAACCUUUAGCACCAAUUUCAUGACCAAUUCCAUGUGGUUAUUUUACACGUAGUUUCACCAUUUUAAGUGCAAAUUAAUUUGGUUUCAGUCCGUUUUUUUAAAUCGUCUUUGCCAUUUUCAGGAACUAUCACUGCUGGAAUGAGUGCUACAUGUCCAGACCUGACCUCCCAGCUGGCUUUGGAGGCUGGCAGGUUGUGGAUGCAACACCGCAGGAGACAAGUGACGGUAAAAAAAACUAUCUUCUGUAGUCAAAAAGGCUUUGUUAUAACAGUUUGUAUAGGUUAGUAACCAACACUAAAAGAACCGUAGAGAGCUUGAUUCCAGUUUUACAGAAAACAGAGAUUGACUAGUGUUGCAGUUAAAAGCGCUUAAGUGUUUUUUCUAACUAACUCUUUUAUCUCUAAAGGCUUGUACAGAUGUGGUCCAGCAUCGGUCAUGGCCAUCAAACACGGGCACACCUGCUACCCAUUUGAUGCUGCCUUUGUUUUCGCUGAGGUGAGUCGACAAGAAAGUUACAUUUUGUAAAUUUUCUCAUAAAAAAGUCUAUUUCUUUAUUUAAUAGUCGCUCACUUGUUGAUCCAUGAAAGGGUUUUUCUCUCUCGCUCUCUGCAGGUCAACAGCGAUGUGGUGUUUUAUACCCGCAGUAAAGAAGGAACCUUGGAGCCGGUCAAAGUGAACCGCACUCAUGUGGGCCGCAUGGUGUUGACCAAAGCUCCUGGAACCACGACUCGCCGCGACAUCACCGAUCAGUAUAAGUUCCCUGAAGGUAAAAGAUGACAGGAAAUCCUCAGUCAAGAGAGGCAAAUGUUCUCAGCUGCUGCUACACGACUAAAAGCUUACUUCCAACGUCCAAGUAUGAAUACGUUCCUGGUCCUUCAAAAGUCCUUAAAUCAGCGUUGAGUCUGUUUAUUUUUAAUAAAAGUUAAGUUAACUUUGUGGCUAAGUGUUGGCACUUGCUACUUUCCUCUGGCACCCCUGGAACAACUCCAGGUCCCCACAUGGCUACUGGUUUUUGGGAUGUUGGGUUGUUGGUCUGGAAAUUUGCUCAGGUUGAAAUCAAUCUGACGUGGACCAGACCGGACACGAGUUUUGAGCCGGUUCUUGAUCUAAAUUUUCCACAAAUUUGGCGCAAAAGGAUUCAGCCUCGGAUGUUCCGAUUUUGCCAAGUUUCAAGGAGAUAGAAAGAAAGUGAACAGUUUGCAUCUUUCAAUCUUCCGACACAGGCAGUGUAGAGGAGCGGACCGUCCUGGAGAAAGCCGAAGAGUACGGCUGUAAACGUGAGAAGUCGGAUCCUCUUCCGGCUGACGUUGAACUGGUCCUGCCAUCCCUGGAGGUCAGCAUCGGUGACGACUUUGAGCUGAGCCUGGAGUUCAUAAACAAGAGCGACGAGGAACGCAACAUGGACAUCUACAUCAGCGGGAGUGUGGUGUUCUACACCGGCGUCACUUCCGCCGAGUUCCUGUUCAGGAAUCCCACCGUGACGGUCGGACCCAAAAAAAGUGAGAGGAAACCAUCAUAAGUAAACAAAUCUAGCAAGACUAGUUAAAGGCUUUUUACCUUUCUUACCCUCUUUUUUAAAUACAUUUACUACAUUUUACAUGGCUCUUUUUACUUAGUUGUACAUAUCUUUAUCUAUUCAUUAUUAUCUUACUUUUAUCUACCUCAAAAGCACUUUGGAGAUGCACCCAAAUCUCGUUGUGAUGUUUUUACAAUGACAAUAAAAGCGAUUCUGAUUCUGAUUCGUUCAAUUGUCUGUUAAAGAUCAUGAGGAAGUUUCCUUUUACUGUCAGUGAGGACAUUUCUGUAUCUCUGUGUCCUCCAGGGGUGAAGGAGUUGGUGUUGGUGGAGGAGAAGUAUUACAUGAAGCACCUGGUGGAGCAGGCCAACCUCAACUUCAUCGUCACGGGGAAGGUCAAGGAGACCGGGCAGAUCGUCAGCGAGAUGAAAGUGGUCACCCUGCACAACCCCAGACUCAUCGUCACAGUACGACGCCUCGCUUGUUUUUUUCCACUAUGACGUCUGUUUUGAAGGAUCACAUCUUCUCUAAAUGGAUCCUCUGUGGUCUUCACGCUCGUUCUUCUUUUAGGUGUCUGGAGGCGGAAGAGUGAGUGAGGAGAUGACCGCGACCGUGGAGUUCACAAACCCCUUCAACUUCAACCUGGAGGGCGUCUACGUCCGCAUGGAAGGACCCGGGCUCAUGCUUCCCAAGCUGAAAUAUUACAGGUGAGCUCAGCAGAGGAAACAAACGAUCUCUGUGUAUAAACAGGUGGUUUUAAACGAUGACCGAUGUCGGGGUUGUUGCCCUUCUUUCCCUUUUGCCUUCAGUCUGAUCCCAGCGGGCUCCUCUCUGAUCUGGGUGGAGUAUUUCACUCCGCUGAGGGCCGGCAACAGCAGGGUGAUCGCCACGCUGGACUGUCCCGCUCUCAGGCAGGUCCACGGCCUGGCGUCUGUCAACAUCGCGCCUUAA